AUGUUCAAUUCUAAAAACGGGGAAAAAGACAUAAAAACAAGCAGAUUUCAAGGAAAAAGAGAUAACAGAAAGAUAGAAGAACAAUAUGAUGAAGAAAUCAUGUUUUUCAGCCGAAAAAAAGCCCCAUUUAAAGGUCCAGAAACCUUUACAGAAAUAAAAUAUAAAUAUUACAAUGGAAAGCAUGAUUUUAGUUUUGAUCCAACACAAAUAUCAUCAUCAGAAACAUUUUCUUCAGAUGAAAAUACACUAUCAUCACCUAGAAGUAUUUCAUCAGAAAAUGUAGAAGAAUUAUCAAUUAUUAUUUCUCCAAAAGUUAAGGAAUCAUUGAAAAAAAAUAGAUCAAUAAACAUUUCAAAGAAAACUCAUAAAAAUACACACAAAAAAACAGCUGACAAAUCUCAUUCAGAAUCAUCAUCAUCAUCGCCAUCUCAUAGAAAAAGAAGUAUUAGUCUUACGCCGCCUCCUCGUUUAUCUAAACAAAUUAUUCAAGAAGGACACCGUAUGAAUCUAGCACAAGAAGCAAAAAUCAAUAUAAAGUCUGGAAAAGAGGAAAAUAAUUUAAAAAAAAAGGAAAACAAUAAUUUCUAUGUUUGUGAUAAUUCGAAUAUUGAAACAUGUGACCAAUAUAUCAGAAAUAAUAUAAAAAAUACAGAUACAAUAGAACUAGAAGCGGAAGAGUUUACAGAAAAUAAUGAAAAGAUAGAAAUUUUUGAAAUAACAGUGGUUGGAAAAAGAAAUAUAAAAACAGAUGACAAUUUUUUUCCAGAAUCCUGGGAAGAACCAGUUUUAUUUAAAAUACAUGGAAAUCAAGCAUUCAGGAUUAUGAAAGACUCAUUUUGUUCUUGUAAAAAACUUGAUAAAUCAUAUUAUAAUCAAAUCGUAUUAGUAUUUAGAGAAAAAAGAAUAUUUGAAUCAGUUACACCAAAAGGAAUUAACAUGUUAAAAUAUGGUCCUAAAAUUACAAUGGAUGCCAUGUCCAUAAAGGAAUACAAGCACCUUAUAAGUGAAAUAGAAAAAAGAAAAAGACUAAAAGACGAAGAUAUACUUGAUUUUUCUAAUUCUACAGAAAAAACAUUAAAGUCUAUGACAUAUAUUAUUAUUGAUGAUCCGCCAAUUGAACUAAUUUUAAGAGACAAAAACAACGAAAGUAUAAAAUUAUCGAUUGAUGCAAGCGCAACUAUUUCUAAACUCAUAGAAACAUUUAAAGCAUCUAGAAAUAUUGAUACCAAUGCUCAUAUUAUAUUAACAUUUGAAGGCGAAUGCCUUGAACCCAAUUUAUCUAUUUCUUAUUAUGAUUUCGAAAAUGGAGAUCUGAUUGAUGUACGAAUAAACAAUUAAUGGAUAUAUUUUACAUAUUUCGUUUUCAUGUUAAAUACAAUAUUAUCCAGAUUAUCUAAACUAUUUCUUCUGCUAUCAUUUAUCUUUUCUAAUCUCGUUUCAAUAAAAUGUUUAUCAAUCUAUAAAAUCUAUAAAAUUUAUAUUUAUUUAUACUAUAUUUACCUUAAAUAAUUGAAGAUUUGGCUCAAAUAAAACAACGAAUUUAGUAAAAUCAGCGAUAACUAUUUUAUCUUUCAACGAGGAAACAUAUAAAAUGAUAUCCUUAUAAAAAUUUCUGACAACUUCCUCAAUUUUUUUAAUUUCAGCAUGUAAUUUUCUCAAAGUUUUGAAAGAUUUUUUGAUAAAGCUUCCAAAUAUUAAUAUACUCUUACAACUCUAAAAAGCAUAAACUUUAAAAUAUGUUGAUUAAUAAAUUUACCUCUAAUAAAAAAACGAAGUAUUCUAAUACAUUAUCAUUAUAGUUUGAAACAUUUGUAAGUGAAAUAACUAGAUUUUUUUCAAUCCAUUCUUUUAGUCUAUUUUCUUCAAUAUCAUAU